AUAUGCCGUGUAACGUCCGUAGAAACAGCGGAGUCACUUUCUUUGUGUGAGAAAGUUUGUGUUGUGGUCCGUCAGAGCCUCUGUGUGUCCGGAUAAACGUGUCUGAAUGGACUUUGUGCUGUUCACCUUUUCUUUCUAGAUGUUUUACCUCUGACUCAUCUCCCGCUAGACUACAAACACAUUCAAGUUAGCUUAGCAUUCUUGCUGGUCAGCACCGCGGCGCUAGUCAGAGUGACUGAGGGAGAGCAAACUGUGUUUCUGACGGAGUUUGAGUGGAGAAAAGUUGGUGUCACUGUGUGAAAAAUGUCUAAAGUCCAAACGGUGAGAGCGCUGGUGGAGCAGCGACUGACUGCGGCUGCUGAAGAGAUAUUUGGGCUGUUUGAAAGAACGAUAGCAGAGUACGAGGAGGAACUUUGUCGUUCAAGAGAGAAGAACGAGCGACAACAGAAACUACUGGACGCUGUUUUCAACCAUCAGCUUCAGUUACACAAAGCAGACGUUCAGCAGCUGUCGGUGAGUGAAGAAGAGUUUCCCUCUGAGCAGCAGGAGAGGAGCUGCAGUCUGGACCAGGACCAGGAGGACCCAGAGCCCCCACACAUUAAAGAGGAACAGGGGGAACCUCAGACCAGUCAGGAGGGAGAGCAGCUUCAGGGGCUCACAUUCACUCCUGUUCCCGUGAAGAGUGAAGAAGAUGAAGAGAAACCUCAGUCCUCACAGCUUCAUCAAACACAAACUGAACAGAUGGAAACAGAAGCUGAUGUAGAGGACUGUGGAGGACCAGAACCAGACAGGAAAUCUGAUCCAGAGCCACAUUUACAACCUGAUACUGACGACGAGCCUGCAGACUCUUCUGAACCUGAGACUGAUGACAGUGCUGAUUGGAAGGAGACCAGAGACCCUCAGUCAGGUUUGAACUGUUUGAAAAAAGAUGGUGGUCCUGUCAGAGAUUCCAGAUUUAGUGCUUGUGAGAAACAACUUAGCUGCUCUGAGUGUGGGAAAAGAUAUGGUUACAAGCAAGAUCUGGAGAGACACAUGGUUUCUCAUACUGGAGAGAAACCUUUCAGCUGCUCAGUUUGUCGGAAAUCUUUUACAUGGAGUGGGACUUUAAAGUCACACAUGAGACUCCACACAGGAGAGAGACCUUUCAGCUGCUCAGUUUGUAAGAAAACUUUUACACGGAGUGGACAUUUGAAUGCACACAUGAGACUACACACAGGAGAGAGACCUUUCAGCUGCCCAGUUUGUAAGAAAACUUUUACACGGAGUGGACAUUUGAAUGCACACAUGAGACUACACACAGGAGAGAGACCUUUCAGCUGCUCAGUUUGUAAGAAAACUUUUACACGGAAUGAACAUUUGAAUGCACACCUGAGACUCCACACAGGAGAGAGACCUUUCAGCUGCUCAGUUUGUAAGAAAACUUUUUCACAAAGUGUGUAUUUACAGAAACACAUGAGACUCCACACAGGAGAGAGACCUUUCAGCUGCUCAGUUUGUAGGAAAUCUUUUACACAGAGUGGAACUUUAAAGUCACACAUGAGACUCCACACAGGAGAAAGACCUUUCAGCUGCUCAGUUUGUAAGAAAACUUUUAGACAGAGUGGAACUUUAAAGUCACACAUGAGACUACACACAGGAGAGAGACCUUUCAGCUGCUCAGUUUGUAAGAAAACUUUUUUACAAAGUGGGUAUUUACAGAAACACAUGAGACUCCACACAGGAGAGAGACCUUUCAGCUGCUCAGUUUGUAGGAAAUCUUUUACACAGAGUGGAACUUUAAAGACACACAUGAGACUACACACCGGUGAGAAACCUUUCAGCUGCUCAGUUUGAGAAAUCUUUUACACAGAGUGGAACUUUAUAGUCACUAAUGAGACUACACAUGUAAUACACAAAGUGGGUAUUUAAAGAAACACAGAGAGUCCACACAGGAGAGAAACUUUUCAGCUGCUCAGUGUGUGCUAAAACGUUUACACAAAGUGGGUAUUUAAAGAAACAUGAAAAUCCACACAGGAGAGAAACCUUUCAUAAAUGUGCUGGCCGCUCGUCCUCAAAUUAUCAUCAAACUGAGGAGAACAAAGAGGCAGAGCCUGCAUUCAGCAGCCCACAUGAAGAGAUGCAAACCUCUUUUUCAAUCUUUUCAAAGGACUCGAGAAAGAUUUUCAGGUCUUUUUUAAAUGCUACAAAGCUUGUAGUAUUUUUUAUGAAUAUCUAUUCUGUGUUUAUGGAUUUUACGUACAAUAUAAUUAAACAAUACUUUAUUUUCAAUGAUGUGAUAUAUUCAUUUCCUCUGUUUAUUUUUUGUUUUGUUUUCCAAAACACAAGUUCACAAACUGAUAUUUUAAUUUAAUAUUUGAAUGUAGAAGUGUAACAAUUACAACUUUAUUUGUUUCUAACAGCAAAAGAAAAUAAAAACAUUCUUGGUUUACCAAAGU